GGGCGGACUCACCUGCAGCGGGAGCGGGGCCCGGGGGCGGUGCCAUCUUGUCCCGCCCCUUCCGGGGCGGGGCCUGCAUCUCCCGCCAGGGGAUGCCCGAGGGAGCGCGGUGCGGCGCGGCAGGAGGGGCCCCUGCCCGGCCCCCGCCCCCCCUGCCCCGAGGAAGGAGCCGGCGCGCAGCAGGGCGCGGAGGCUGCCUGGAGGUGAAGCCUGGCGUGAACAAAUGAGCCUUUGCUCCUGGCUUUCAGCCUUUGCUCCGAUGCCUGCUGCAACGCGGGCUCGUGGCUUCUCUGCUUCCUUCAGCUCGCGGCGGUGGGCCGAGGUGCUGGUGCCAUUCCCACCACCCCCAUCCCCUUCCCCACGGCUUGGGGCCACCACGAUGGCUGGCUGCAGGGGCCCUGUCACCAACAGCGCCCGGCUCCUCGUGUCUCUCUGCCGGCUGUAGCCCGGGCUGUGGGGAGCAACUCUGUCGUAGACGCACAAGAUUAUCAGCGUCCGUGCCGACAGGAUGGCUGCUUGUGAGCCACGCCAGGCUGCGCUCACCCACGUGCUGGUGGCCCUCUUCGGCAUGGGCUCCUGGGUCGCCGUGAACUCCCUCUGGGUGGAGCUGCCCGUGGUGGUGAAGUCACUUCCAGAAGGCUGGAACCUGCCCGCCUACCUCUCUGUCCUCAUCGCCCUGGGCAAUGUGGGCCCCCUGGCCUUGGCCCUGGUGCACAAGCUGGCCCCGGGCAGGCUGGAGGAGCGCUGGGUCAUCCACGGCGUCCAGGGACUGGGCCUGAUCGCUGCCGUCUUCCUGGCCCUGUUCUGGGAGCGCACGGUGCUGGUGGCAGGGCAGCCCCGCAGCCUGCCCUACCUGGUGCUGGCCCUGACCCUGGCCCUGGUGUGCUGCACAUCCAAUGUCACCUUCCUGCCCUUCAUGUACCGGCUGCCGCAGCCCUUCGUGCGCACCUUCUUCAUCGGCCAGGGCCUCAGCGCCCUGUUCCCUUGCGUGCUGGCGCUGGGGCAGGGCGUGGGGCAGCUGGAGUGCCGCAACGGCACCGGCCACAACGCCUCGCAGCCGCACUACCUGGAGGAGAGCUUCUCGGCCACCACCUACUUCUGGCUGCUCUUCGCCAUGCUGGCUGUCUCGGCCCUCGCCUUCCUGGGGCUGAGGCCGGCCACGCCCAAGAGCCCCUCCAAGGACAGCGUGGGCACAGAGGAGUCCUUCCCACUUCAGGACGGCACCCCUAGCCCCGCCAGCACCCCCGCGGUACCAGCACCCACCACCCUGGCACCCUCCUUUUGGAGCAGGCGCACCAUCUACCUGCUGGGACUGCUGGGGCUGUCCAACGCGCUGACCAACGGGGUGCUGCCCUCGGUGCAGAGCUACUCCUGCCUGCCCUACGGCAGCCUGGCCUACCACCUGGCCGUCGUGCUCAGCAACAUCGCCAACCCCGUCGCCUGCUUCCUGGCCAUGUUCGUGCUGUGCAGGUCGGCGGUGGGCUUGGGCAUCAUCUCCGCGCUGGGAGGUGUGUUCGGAGCCUACCUGAUGGUGCUGGCAGCUCUGAGCCCUUGCCCUCCGCUGGUGGGGAGCGCCGCAGGGGUCAUCCUCGUGGUGCUGUCGUGGAUCCUGUUCCUGGGCCUCUUCUCCUACGUGAAGGUGGUGAUCGGCAGCCUGCUGCACGAGGUGGGGCACACCGCGCUGCUCUGGUGCGGCGCCGUCAUCCAGGCCGGCUCCCUGGUGGGCGCCUUGGCCAUGUUCCCCCUCGUCAGCAUCUACCACCUCUUCCACAGCGGGCAGGACUGUGUGGACAACUGCGGGGCUUGAGUCCCGCCGGGCCCAGCCCCCCGCCCGCGCGCCCAGCGGACCUCGGGGUGCUGCAUCGUCCCCUGCAUUGGCCAGUAGUGGAUGCUUUAGAGGAAAGCCUGUAGCUUUGCUGGGGGGGCUGGCCCCCUCCUGCCGGGAACACGGGGGCAUGUAGGCCAGUAACGUGCAGGGCAGGCCUGGCCGGGGGGAGCAGUGAAGUGGGCUGGCCAGUGUCUGGGCCAGGAGCCAGCUGUGUGGGACCCCCCUCCUCUACUGCCACUACAAGCUAGAGCCCACGUAUCCCACUGCCUUGCGCUGGAGCCUGAUGCUCCCAACUUGUGUUAGCCCCUGGGGAAAGGGGCCAGUGCAGCCGGAGUCCUUGGGUUUAUGCCCCUGUCCUGAGGGAGGGGAAGGGGUAGCAACCCAAUUGAUACCCCAUCCCCGCCGGAGUGCAGAGCCAUGCACCCUGGCUGGGCAGGCAGUGAGCCCUGCCAGGGGGGCCUGGAUGCCCCUGGCACAGAAGGGGUCUCGGCUCAGGACAUGCUAUGGUACCAAAGACACCUGCCCCCGGCUGCCUUGCGUGGCCCCUCUCUGCCCCGCUGCCAUCUGUAGGCGCGCGGCUGGGCCGGGAAUAAAGCCUCAUCUCGUGA